AGGCGGCACCAGGCCCACAGCUGCGGCCGCCCUCGGAGCUUUCCGGGUCCGUCACACGGCUUCUGCGCCACCGGUUUCACACUACUGGAACAGGUGUCCGGGCCAAAUGACCGGCAGUCCGGGUGGUAGUGUUUGUUUUAUUUACCAGCUUUAACACCAUGAGACACAUACGGAGUUCUGGGCUCUGCUGCAGUGCACACAACAACAAUAACAACAGCAGCAGCAGCAGCAGCAGCAGAGAGACGCGUUAUUUCUCCUCCUGAUUUGCGCUUUCCUGCGACCCGGGCGGUCUGCUGGUUCCUCUGCGAGGGCGUCAACGUUUUAUUGAGUUUUUAGCCCAUUUGCUGUUUUUUUUUUUUUUUUUGAUCCCACACUCGGAAACAACCGCAGCAGCAGCAGCAGCAGCGACGUCCCAAGGAGGAGCAUCCCCCUUGGUGUUUAUUACAGGAGAGGAGGACGCAGCACAAACCAGAGAGAGACACAGACGAGAGCAAACAUGUUCGAGACUAGAGGAAUCCCCUUUGUCCUGCUCGACUUAGCCUGUCUUAUUCUAGGAGGUCUGCCUCUGGCAGCCUUUAACCUGGGUAAGAUCCGCCCCUAUCAGAGGGGCUUUUUCUGUAACGACGAGAGCAUCAAGUACCCUUUCCACCACAGCACAGUCACCUCCACGGUGCUCUACACUGUGGGCUUCACCCUGCCCAUUAGCUGCAUGGUCUUUGGCGAGUGCCUUUCAGUUUAUCUAAAGCGCAUCAAAUCCAAGUCCUCUUUUGGCAGCUACAUUUCCUGUGUUUACAAAGCCGUCGGCACCUUCAUUUUUGGUGCCGCAAUGAGCCAGUCUCUGACUGACAUAGCCAAGUAUUCUAUUGGUCGGCUCAGGCCGCACUUCCUGGAUGUGUGCAGACCUGAUUGGAAACUUAUCAACUGCUCGGCAGGGGCUUAUAUUGAAGAAUUCACCUGCACUGGAGACGCAACAAAGGUCAAUGAGGGCAGGCUGUCAUUCUACUCCGGCCACUCCUCUUUUUCCAUGUACUGCAUGCUGUUCCUGGCUCUCUACCUGCAGGCUCGACUCCAGGCUGAAUGGGCGAGGCUGCUGAGACCAACAAUCCAGUUUUUCUUGAUCGCCGCCACAGUGUUCACAGGACUUUCAAGGGUGUCAGAUUAUAAACAUCACUGGAGCGAUGUGCUGACCGGACUCCUGCAGGGGGCCCUCAUGGCCAUCCUGGUGGUCUUCUUCGUGUCCGACUUUUUCAAGCCCCACGUAGAACCCCAUAAAGACGCUGACAUCCCACACACAACCCUGCAGGAGACCCCAACAAAUGGAAACCACUUCGAGAGUCCCAACUAAGCUAACUGAGAGGUGGAGGACGACGACCUCUGCUCUGUCCAAACGCACACCCAGGAUUCCCAGCUCUCUAGCCCUUUUCAUCUUCUGCAAAUUCUCCUCCAACACCCUGCAUGGAUUUACAGUGUACUUGAUUCUUACUUCAAGGAAGCUACUGGGUGACUGUGCAUCCCAGAAGAAGCUUUUGGAAGCUACACCUCAGGCCUGUUUAGAUUAAGACUUUUUUGUUUUUUUUAGGUAAUUUGCUGUCUUUGUCCACCGAUUCUCCAUCUGGAAGGAAAGUGUUGAGACUUCCUGUCCAAGCCUUGUAGAUACUGCUUAAGUGACUGAAGGGGUUAGGGGCUAGAGAUUCUGUAAAGACAGGAACCAACAAUUUAUUCAUGUAUCUAUCUACUGAGCCGGUGGGAAGACUUAACUGCACGCACCCACUAAAAGGGUCUGACCACUGCGAGAGAGGAGGGUUGGAAACCUGUGAAUGUAACCAUGCUUUGUGCUUUUCCUGACCUGGAGUCAGUCUGCUCAAGGAUCUGAUUUAGGAUCAGUUCUUAGGUCAGCUCCAGCACCCAAAGAGAUGGCGGUCUCAUAGCUUUGCUGCCUUAAGUCUAGUGUUAAUUUAAGGGCUAGUUAUAAAAGAGGAAUGUUUGCUUCUCAAGGCUACAACGGGCUGGAGGCUAAAGCUGAUCCUAGACCAGAGGGUUAACACUGCUUCACAUCUGGAGCUGCUGACUCCAGGUCACCGCCACUGCCGUGUUAUUCUCCAACUGUCUAACCUUGUAAAGUCGAGGAGUGAAAGCUUGAUCGCGUUCGGUUAGAGAGUUGAAGAGUAGACGCUCAGUUUAAGUCCCGUGUUGCCUUUUGCUGGACUGCUACUGCUGCUAUCACAGCUCCCUGUGUAUCUAAGAACUAAUAUAAUAUACAUCAAGUGAACCGACAACAGUGUACUUUUGUAUAAUCUGUAUGUAAAGACAAUUCACCAUACAGACUUUUAUUGAAAAAGAAAAAAAGUUACAAAUAUGUACAAAUAUCUAAAAUAAGAGGAAAAAUAAAGCCAUUUAGUUAUUAACAUGAAUGAAACGUGUGUAUGUCAUGAGCUGUCACAUAAAAUUAAAGCAUGACUUGUGUUGUUUA